CUAGCCAGCUUCUUCCUUUGCUUCUAGAUCAUGACUCCCGAUGAUCAAAUGCCUUCAAUUGACCCAUUAAGCGAAAAACUUCUUCUUCUUGACGAAAAACUUCUUCUUCUUGACCCAGAAAAAGCGACAGUUUCAGACUUCCUGAGCAUCUUGUUUUCUGAAGCAAUAGAAGGCAGAGACUUUAUGAAGGAUACAAAAGCGACAGUGGCCAUUCUCGAGCGCAGAGGGCCCAUCUUUCUCUCCUUGGCGGGGCAGAUGUUUCUGCAAAGAGUAGCACCAGGCCUCAUAUCAUGGCUAGGAUCAAAAUUGGGCAUGUCCGGGAACAUGGAGGUCCCGGAGAAAGAAUUAAACAUCGAUGCGUCGACUAUCAAAACCCUACAAAAGAGAAAGUAUUUAGACCUGCCCCCUGAAGAUGGAAACGAUUUUUAUGUCAUAUGCCCAAAGGCUUCCAAAUUAGCAUAUGAGACCAAACCGAUCAUACAAUAUGUAGUUGAAAAACGUUGGAAGAUGAAUUUAUUGGACGCGAAAGAUUUUUGGAAUG